UCAGCGAAUGAGAUGCACGGAAGCAGCAAACUGACUUUGACCUUGGCGUUGGCAUUCGUGCUCAUUUUCCUGGGAAGCACCCAAUCGAAAGCCCAGGAGGGUGGUGACCUCUUCCGGUGCAACGUGCAGUACAAAUGCUCGGAUGAAAAAGAGCUGGUUUGGGCCAUGGCCGACGAACGAUGCCACGUGUUUCACAACAAGUGUCUGCUGAAAGUGGAGCAGUGCGCCCGCCGAAACAGUGGAAGAUCGGAGCUAAUCGAAACCACCAAGGAAAUCUGCAAGCCGAAUUGCACAAAGUUCUGUGCGGAUGUCUUCGAUCCGGUGUGUGCCCAAAUCUUCCAGGAGGAUUAUAUAACCUUCAGCAAUGAGUGUGAAAUGCGCAACCAUAUUUGCACUAACGAAAGGCCCUACUCCUAUUUUGGAACCGGAGAAUGCGUUGAGAAACCAGUUGGCUAAGGCGACGUUAAACCUAAAAUUAUUAUUCAAAUCGGAUUAAACAUUGUUGCAAAAAGUAAAGUUUUUACCCAGAGGAGGAACAUAAUACACAAACACAACAUGGAUUUCAUUAUUUUGUUUUCUUUAGUAUGUUUAACUGCGGAACACAAGAAAUCAAAACAAGUUGCCGUACAUGACACGUACUAUUUGGUCCCUAAAUGCGAUUUAACCCAAUUAUUUUGGAGCGCCUUGACCAAAAACAGGAUUUACAACACAGCUGCACAAAACAGAAGUAAAAUAAAUGAAAAUAAGAGCUAA